GCGAGCAUCCGGGAAGAUGAGUGCCUGCGGGAGGAAGGCCCUGACCCUGCUGAGCAGCGUCUUUGCUGUCUGCGGCCUGGGCCUCCUGGGCAUCGCGGUCAGCACCGACUACUGGCUGUACCUGGAAGAGGGCGUGAUCCUGCCCCAGAACCAGAGCACUGAGACCAAGAUGUCCCUGCACUCAGGCCUCUGGCGGGUCUGCUUCCUCGCAGGUGAGGAGCGAGGACGCUGCUUCACCAUAGAAUAUGUGAUGCCCAUGAACACCCAGAUGACAUCCGAGUCCACGGUCAACGUUCUAAAAAUGAUUCGCUCGGCCACGCCGUUCCCUCUGGUCAGCCUCUUCUUCAUGUUCAUCGGGUUUAUCCUGAGCAACAUUGGGCACGUCCGUCCCCACAGGACAAUACUGGCCUUUGUCUCCGGCAUCUUCUUCAUCCUCUCAGGCCUCUCUCUCGUGGUGGGCCUGGUGCUCUACAUCUCCAGCAUCAAUGACGAGAUGCUCAACAGGACCAAGGACGCAGAGACCUACUUCACCUAUAAAUACGGCUGGUCAUUUGCCUUUGCUGCCAUCUCCUUCCUUCUAACAGAGAGCGCCGGCGUGAUGUCCGUGUACCUGUUCAUGAAGAGGUACACGGCCGAGGACAUGUACAGGCCUCACCCCGGCUUCUACCGCCCGCGGCUGAGCAACUGCUCCGACUACUCGGGCCAGUUCCUGCACCCGGACGCCUGGGCCCGCGGCCGCAGCCCCUCCGACCUGUCCAGCGACGCCUCCCUGCAGAUGAACAGCAACUACCCAGCCUUGCUCAAGUGCCCCGACUAUGACCAGAUGUCGUCGUCUCCCUGCUGAGCCUGGGCGCCGCCCUCCCGCCGCUGGGGUCAGCCAG